AUGAGUGACGAGCUUCUUCGCCGUCACGGAGUUGCCCCCACUCGACGAUAUGGCAACGGAUUCGGUGUAUCGUCCGCGGUCAAGGACCGGCUGGUCGAGUUGAUUCUCUUGGACCCGCGACUACGAAUUCAGCUCUCCAAAGAUCGGUGCCGGCAAAUUAUCCAAGAUAUCGAACAGAACGGGAAACGAUGGAGCAGACCAAUUCAGAGAUUGGGCUACGAGAUCUUGCUGCUGAUCCCGGACGAGCUCAGCGAUAGAAGAAUGAAACUCCUUACAGACGGACAAAGGGACUGGCUAAUAAGUGGCUGGAAGACCCGUUUCGUACGACUCAACGAGGCCGAGCGUGAAGAAGUUCAACAGACGCUGGACGUCAUGUUUAUGCCUCAUAUCAAGCCCUAUUUGGAGAUUUACAGUGCCGGAGGAGGCUUUUCGUCCCUCCCGUCUUUGAGAGGAGGCCUCGGUGCGGUCAUACAAGGGACGCUGCAUACGGAGACGGAAGAGCCAGUUGUUGAUGAGCUGAGCGUUGUCAGAGCCCCGUAUUCAAUGGUUACAAGUGAAGGAACAUCUAGUGAUGUCAACACGUCGAGCUCCGAAGUAAACGCACGAUCGUCGGAACUGUUGGACUUGAGUUCCUCUACGACCCCUCUGCAGAGCCUUCUCGGUAUUACUUCAGCGGAUGAGCUCCAGCUAGAAGAUGGCGGGUUGGAAGAUACGAAUCCGGGAUUCUUCGACGAGGCGCUUGCUGCGCCAGAUUACUGCGGCCUGUAG